AUGAGUUGGGCUUUCUUUAUUUUGAUUUGAAGGGUGUGUUGCUACAGUCUCAAUUCUUUCAUCUAUUUUUCCUCCACAUUUGAAGUUGAUGCUGUUCGUUAAAGCUGUAAUUUUGAUGACCCACAAAGCGUUGACCAAAACUCCGCUGAGUCCUUCCCCUUUUGAUCCUUUCCAAAUGAAAUUUAUCCAAUUUGAGGACUUUCUUUUUCCCACGCUUGGACCGAUGGUGGCUUUGUUUUUGGUUGCUCGGUCGUCAACCCCCUCCAUUUUAAUAUUCCCAUUUGGUUCAUCAAGAACGUUUCAACCCCGCGGCCUUCAUAACAUCCCCAUCCCCACUUGACCCAAUUGCCGAUUCCCAUGUCGAUCGAUUUCUGUUGUGGGUUUCUCAUGUUCUUUCUUUUUUGAUUCAAUUGGAUACAUAUCUGGCCGAAAAUGAAGUUUCGCAGUCUUCUUUCUAGUUGUUGUUACUCUCCAUCGCAGACAGCCAUGGAAAACAGCCGCCACGAUAGACAGGACAAUGAGAGUUUUCGUGUGUACUCUUAUAGCGAGCUUAAAUCAGCCACCAAUGGAUUUAGUGGAGCGAAUAAGGUUGGAGAGGGCGGAUUUGGUACUGUUUACAAGGGUCGGCUUCGAGAUGGCAGGAAGAUUGCUGUGAAGGUGCUUUCUAUUGAGGUAGAAUCCAUGAGAGGAGAAAGGGAGUUCAUUGCUGAAUUAACUUCACUUUCUAACAUUAGACAUGAAAAUCUGGUUGAGCUUAAAGGGUUUUAUGUUGAUGGAAGCAACAGAUAUUUAGUCUAUGAUUACAUGGAAAACAACAGCCUUGCAUAUGCUCUUCAGGGUGUGAGGGAAAAUAGAAUGAGACUUAGUUGGAUAGCCAGAAAGGAAAUUUUGAUUGGAGUAGCUCGUGGGCUUGCCUAUCUUCAUGAGGAGGUUGAGCCACAUAUAGUUCAUAGAGAUAUAAAAGCCAGCAAUAUACUACUCGACCAUAAUUUUAAGCCUAAAGUUGCGGAUUUUGGAUUGGCUAAGUUGUUGAGAGAGAACAGUUCUCAUGUUAGUACUCGUGUUGCUGGCACAAUAGGAUACCUUGCUCCAGAAUAUGCUGUGAGCGGCCAUUUGACACGAAAAUCCGAUAUCUACAGCUUUGGGGUGUUGUUGUUGGAGAUUGUUAGCGGAAGAGCAACUGUUGAUUUUGAUUUGGAACAUGGUGAACACCAUUUAGUUCAAAGGGUAUGGGAACAUUACAAGGCAAAUGAGCUAGUAAAAUUGAUAGAUCCCGUGCUUGACGCAGACUUCCGAGAAGAAGAAGCCGUUAGAUUUAUGAAGAUUGGUCUACUCUGUGUGCAAGAAAACCCAACGAAACGACCACGGAUGUCUCUUGCUGUAAGCAUGUUGAUAAAGGACACUGACCUUAAUGAACACAAUAUUUCACAACCAGCACAUAUUAUUGACUUCAUGGACAUUAAAAUGGGUAAAGGAAACUCAUCAACUAGCUUUUUCUCCAAGGUUUCCACAGCAAAUAGCAUGUAAAUCUUCUAUUCUCUUAGGGAAAAGAUAAAGUUGGAAGUCGGAGAAAUGAUUCUAGUUGGAGCCUUUUGAAAAUCUAGUCUGUGUACAUAGAUGAUUUAGUAGAGCUCUUACCUUGUUUUUCACCCCAAAAUUUCGUCGAGGGGUCGGUAUAUUCAUGGUAGAGGGAGGGUGAAUAACAGAGAAAUGUGCAGAGUUUUGUUUCUUUCUUCCAUUUUCUUCAUUUGAAUUCUUAAAUUCCAUUACUUUUUUCUUUGCCA